AUGCUGCCGCCGGGGGGCAACGGCACCGCGUCCCGGGCGCGGUUCAGGCAGCAGCAGCUGGGGGGCUCCGUGGGGGGCUCGGAGGGCGCGGCGCCCCUGGGGCCGGCGCAGGUGGUCACCGCGGGCCUCCUGACCCUGCUCAUCGUCUGGACCCUGCUGGGCAACGUGCUGGUGUGCGCGGCCAUCGUGCGCAGCCGCCACCUGCGCGCCAAGAUGACCAACGUCUUCAUCGUGUCUCUGGCUGUGUCCGACCUCUUCGUGGCGCUGCUGGUCAUGCCCUGGAAGGCGGUCGCCGAGGUGGCCGGUUACUGGCCCUUUGGGGCCUUCUGCGACAUCUGGGUGGCCUUUGACAUCACGUGCUCCACCGCGUCCAUCCUGAACCUGUGCAUCAUCAGCGUGGACCGCUACUGGGCCAUCUCCAGGCCCUUCCGCUACGAGCGCAAGAUGACCCAGCGCGUGGCCCUGGUCAUGGUCGGCCUGGCCUGGACCUUGUCCAUCCUCAUCUCCUUCAUCCCGGUUCAACUCCACUGGCACAGGGACAAGGCAGGCCCCUGGGAACCGCCAUCCCGCCUGGCCAACGGGACGCCCUGGGAGGAGGCAGGGGAGCCCGAGGCAAGCGGGGAGAACUGUGACUCCAGCCUGAACCGAACUUACGCCAUCUCCUCUUCGCUCAUCAGCUUCUACAUCCCCGUGGCCAUCAUGAUCGGCACCUACACGCGCAUCUACCGCAUCGCCCAGGUCCAGAUCCGCCGCAUCUCCUCGCUGGAGAGGGCGGCGGAGCACGCGCAGAGCUGCCGCGGCCUUGCGGCCUGCGCGCCCGACCCCACCCUGCCCGCGUCCAUCAAGAAGGAGACCAAGGUCCUCAAGACGCUGUCGGUGAUCAUGGGGGUCUUCGUGUGCUGCUGGCUGCCCUUCUUCAUCCUUAACUGCAUGGUCCCCUUCUGCGAGGGGCCCGGGGCCGGCUUCCCCUGCGUCAGCGAGACUACCUUCGACGUCUUCGUCUGGUUCGGCUGGGCCAACUCCUCCCUCAACCCGGUCAUCUACGCCUUCAACGCUGACUUCCGGAAGGUGUUUGCGCAGCUGCUGGGGUGCAGUCGUCUCUGCCCGCGCACCCCGGUGGAGACGGUGAACAUCAGCAAUGAGCUCGUCUCCUACAAUCAGGACGCCGUCUUCCACAAGGAGAUGGCAGCCGCCUGCAUCCAUGUGAUCCCCAACGCCGUGUCCCCGGGGGCCGGGGAGGUGGACGAGGAGGAGAGCCCUUUCGAUCGAAUGUCCCAGAUCUCUCAGACGGCCCCAGACGGCGACCCUGCUGCUGAAUCCGCCUGGGAGCUGGACUGCGAGGGAGAGGUUUCUUUGGGCAAAAUAACGCCUUUCACCCCAAACGGGUUCUAUUAG